CGUCGCGUUCGCUCAUUGGAUGGGAUGACUUCGCCGCGCACGCGCAGAGCUGUGUCAAUGUGGGACGAGAAGCAGCGCUCGCAGAAGACCGUGGAGUCCGGAUCGAGUGUUCAGACGUCGCGGCGCGUGUUUGAUCAUGACGAGCAGCUCGAGGCGGAGAGAGGAGCUUCACGCGGGGAACGGAGGACUGAAGCAGUCCUCGUGGAGCAGAGCCGUCAGCUGUAAAGCAGUGUGGGACGAGAAGGAUGAGUUUUUAGAUGUCGUCUACUGGUUCCGGCAAAUCAUCGCUGUCGUGUUGGGCGUGAUAUGGGGUGUGGCACCUCUGAAAGGGUUUCUGGGGAUAGCCAUAUUCUGUGUCAUCAACGCAGGCGUCCUGUACGUGUACAUCAGCAGUUUCCAGCAGGUGGAUGAGGAGGAGUACGGGGGCACAUGGGAGCUCACCAAAGAGGGCUUCAUGACUUCAUUUGCUUUGUUUCUGGUGGUGUGGAUCAUCUUCUUCACGGCGCUACACUACGACUGAGGACUGCAGGACAGACACAGACGGACAUUUAUUUAAUGUGAUCUGGAAGGGCUGGAUGGAGCUAUUUUCCAAGGCGUCUGUAUGUGUUACCAGCAGCAUGUGUGCGCCUGAGGAAGAGGUGCAUCGUGGGUACAUGUUAAUAACCUUCUGAACCCCGGAAGCUGAUGUUGUCCAGUGCACUGCCAUGCUGUCGGGUUAAUAACUGUUGUUUCUGUUUGCUUUUUCUUGUUUGAUUGCAGCCCAAUCAAGCAGGAUUUAAUUUUUUUCUUAGUUUCUUUCACGAUACACAGAUGGUCUUACUUGGUUAUGGCCAGUAAAAAUCAGAUAGGAGUGUGUAAAUUCAGUACAAUUCAUUUUAUUGAAUCCAUAAUGUAUUAAAGUAUGUCUUAAGUCUUGUUGAUGUAACACUGCUCAGUAUUUUGUAGUGUAUUCAUGGAAAUGCAAAUGUUAUGAGUAAUGAGAUGUACCCGCGGCUGUAGAGAGAAUGUUUUCUGGCUGAAAUGUUUUGGAGAAUUAAAUAAAACUGGGCUUUGUCUGCCCCACACUUUUCAACAGGC